GCCCGGGCCCGCCUCGCCGCUGAGGAUGUCCCGGAAGGCGCCGCGGGCAGAGGUGUGCGCCGACUGCAGCGCCCCAGACCCUGGCUGGGCGUCGAUCAACCGCGGGGUGCUCAUCUGCGACGAGUGCUGCAGCGUGCACCGCAGCCUGGGCCGCCACAUCUCCAUCGUCAAGCACCUGCGCCACAGCCCCUGGCCCACCACCCUGCUGCAGAUGGUGCAUACCUUGGCAAGCAAUGGGGCCAACUCCAUCUGGGAGCACUCGCUGCUGGAUCCAGCGCAGGUGCAGAGCGGGCGCCGGAAGGCAAACCCCCAGGACAAAGUGCACCCCACCAAGUCAGAGUUCAUCCGUGCCAAGUACCAGAUGCUGGCCUUCGUCCACAAGCUGCCCUGCAGGGAUGAUGACGGCGUCACUGCCAAGGACCUCAGCAAGCAAUUGCACUCGAGCGUGCGGACGGGCAACCUGGAGACCUGCCUGCGCCUGCUCUCGCUGGGUGCCCAGGCCAACUUCUUCCACCCGGAGAAGGGCACCACACCGUUGCACGUGGCCGCCAAGGCCGGGCAGAUCCUGCAGGCAGAGCUGCUGGUGGUCUAUGGUGCCGAUCCUGGGGCGCCCGAUGUGAACGGCCGGACCCCCAUUGACUAUGCCAGGCAGGCAGCCCAGCACGAGCUGGCGGAGCGGCUGGUGGAGUGCCAGUACGAGCUGACUGACCGCCUGGCCUUCUACCUCUGUGGCAGAAAGCCGGACCACAAGAAUGGGCACUACAUCAUCCCACAGAUGGCUGACAGGGUGCGCCCAAAGUGCAUGGCACAGAGCCUGGACCUCUCUGAACUGGCCAAAGCAGCCAAGAAGAAGCUGCAGGCGCUCAGCAACCGCCUCUUUGAGGAGCUGGCCAUGGACGUGUACGACGAGGUGGACCGUCGGGAGAACGACGCGGUCUGGCUGACAACGCAGAACCACAGCACGCUGGUGACAGAGCGCAGCGCCGUCCCCUUCCUCCCUGUCAACCCCGAGUACUCAGCGACGCGUAACCAGGGCCGGCAAAAACUGGCCAGGUUCAAUGCCAGGGAGUUUGCCACCUUGCUCAUCGACAUCCUUGGGGAAGCCAAGCGCCGGCAGCAAGGGAAGAGUCUGCUUAGCCCCACGGAUGCCCUUGACUACUCACUGCGGAGCCAGAGUGACCUGGAUGACCAGCACGACUACGACAGUGUCGCCUCUGAUGAGGACACGGACCAGGAGCUGCUGCGCAAUGCCUCCCGCAACAACCGUGCCAGGAGCAUGGACUCCUCCGACCUGUCAGAUGGCCCCAUCACGCUGCAAGAGUACCUGGAGGUGAAGAAAGCUCUGGCUGCCUCUGAGGCCAAGGUGCAGCAACUGAUGAAGGUGAACAACAGCCUGAGCGAUGAGCUGCGCCGGCUGCAGCGCGAGAUCCACAAGCUGCAGGCAGAGAAUGCGCAGAUCCGUCAGCAGACUGGUCCCACACAUCCGACCCCGGCCCCCAGUGAGCGGCAGGAGCACGGGCACCCCCCGGGCAUGGCCCCCCCCCACCGCCGGGACCGCCAGGCCUUCUCCAUGUACGAACCAGGCUCGGCGCUGAAACCCUUCGGGCAGCCAGUGGAGGAGCUGGUGACACGGCUCCAGCCCUUCAGCCCUGGCGAGGUGGAGGACGAGGCUCUGUACUCCAUGCACAUCCCGGCCAGCGUGUACCGGAUCCGGAAAGGUCCAUCUGCCUCCUCGGUGCCCUUCCCUCCAUCCUCCCCACUGCUCUCCUGCCCACCUGAUGGUGCCCGACACAUGGGCAAGCUGGACCGGCACGGCAGCGGCACUGACAGCGACUACGACAACACACAGGCCGGUGAGGUUCUGAUCAGCAUGGAGGGGAAGCGGUUUGUGGAACUGAGCAAGGAUGAGGAUUUCCCCCAUGAGCUGGACCCGCUGGACGGGGAGCUGGACCCUGGCCUGCCCAGCACGGAGGAUGUCAUCCUCAAAACUGAGCAGGUCACCAAGAACAUCCAGGAGCUGCUGCGGGCAGCACAAGAGUCCAAGCAUGACAGCUUCGUGCCCUGCUCAGAGAAGAUCCACUCGGCUGUGACAGAGAUGGCAUCACUUUUCCCUAAGAAACCAGCACUGGAGACUGUGCGGAGCUCCCUGCGGCUGCUCAACGCCAGCGCCUACCGGCUGCAGAGCGAGUGCCGCAAGACUGUGCCCCCCGAGCCCGGUGCCACCGUGGACUACCAGCUCCUGACCCAGCAGGUCAUCCAGUGUGCCUACGACAUCGCCAAGGCCGCCAAGCAACUGGUCACCAUCACCACUCGUGAGAAGAAGCAGUGAGCGCCAGCCCACGUCCCCCCAGGCCUCCGCACUCUCCGUGUCUCCCUUCCCUCCGGCAGCAGCCGGCACCUGGGGCGAGCGUGGCUGCAAGUGGCCUUUUUGGGGAGCCAGGGCGUGGGGUUCCUCGUGCCCCCCGCGCCAUCAAGGAGCUGAUGCUCAGCCUGCGGGGUAGGUGCCUGCGUCCCCCUGUACAGCCCCCUGCCCACCCCGCAGCACGCGCCUAACUUAUCCUGUACAUAGCCUCUGUAGCUGUCCGUGGCGGCGGUGGCCUUGUACCCCCACCCCCCACAAAGCCCCUCUCUGGGUGGCCGGUACCCCCGAGGUCACCCAUGGCAUUACACUGGACUGGGGCGCCCGCGGGUCCCCCCCCCCCCCCCCGGGCGUCCUGCACCCCUCCCCGGGUGUCCUGCCCCAGGCCGGGGCCGCACUCCCCACUGUAAGAUGUGUCCUUGUACAUUUGUAUCAAUAAAGGUGUGAGCAUUG